CAACGCCGAGCGAAACGUGUUGUCUGCAUCCCGUGGAGUUUUGUCUUCACUGCAACGCUAAUUUUUGUUCAUCCUCGAAAACUUAAACGGACCUAGAAAGGAUGGUUUCUUCCAGCACUGCCGGCACCAGCGCCGCUGCCGUCGUCGCCGCGGCGCUCAUUUGUGCGCUGCUACUGCCGCCUGCCGCAGCCAGACCGCAGUCAGGCUUCGCCCUAGAGAAGCGCGUGAGUGACCAGCGCCUGGCAGAGCUCGAGACGCUGCUGGCAAUGGCUGUCAACAGCCGCAGGAUGGCUGAGAUGCCUGUUGGCUUCGGACUCAUCGACCCCCAUGCCAUCGGCCGCCGCAAGCGAUCCCUCCACCCUCUGUCGGAUGCGCUGCUGCAGGAGCUGUCGCGUAACCCUGUCGCGUACAGCAACCUGCAGCAGGUGCUCAGCUCCUACGCCCAGCAGGACGACCAGCAGGACUCCAUGGCCAAGUGGUGAAACGCGCGUCGCCUAUAGUGCCAAUCUUCCAUUUCGCCAAAACAAAAUCUGUUGUGUAACUUUAACUCCCCGCACCCUGUACCUCCUGUAGAAGUAGUGAUAUAGCCGGCGCCCUGCUACGAGUGAUGACAUCUUGCUCCACGUGAUGACAUUGCUCCACGUGAUGACCUCUUGCUCCACGUGAUGACAUCUUGCUCCACGUGAUGACCUCUUGCUCCACGUGAUGACAUCUUGCUCCACGUGAUGACCUCUAGCUCCACGUGAUGACAUCUUGCUCCCCGUGAUGAUCUCUUGCCCCACGUGAAGACCUCUUGCUCCACGUGAUGACCUAUUGCUCCACGUGAUGAUCUCUUGCCACACGUGAAGACCUCUUGCUCCACGUGAUGCAUCCUGCUCCAUGUGAUGGCAUCUUCACCAUCUGCUCCACGUGCUCAAUUCUUGCUCCACUAGCUGACAUCUUCACCACUCGCUCCACCUGCCAAUCACUCCACCACUCGCUCCACAUGCUUCAUUCUUCACUUCGACCUCUUAAACUGCUUUUAAAAUCUCCAGGCAUAUUUAAGAACAUUCAUCAAUGAAUUUGUCCAGAUAUUUUGGGGGCUAUUAUUCUUGUCUUUCUUUUGUUUUCAUCAAACAUUAGAAUUUGUUGCUAUGAUUAUCAGACGUUUAUUUUUAGCAUACAUGACAUGCAAGGCACUUAAAAGGAAUUUCGUUGCAAGUUUCUAUCAAUUUUAACAGCCAGUGACACAAACGAUACUUGUCAAGAUCUGUUCCAGUCCCCAAUGCAUAUGGAAAUCGGCCUAAUAAUCACAAAUAUUAUCCGACAGAAUUUCAUUGUCAAUUUUUUUUGCAGCUAGUGAAAAUGAAUUAAAAUAUUUACCGGUUUUGGAUAUUAGUUCACCACAUGAGUAUCAUGUUUGGAUGCUGUUGAUCGAGUUUGAAACGUGCAGUGAUGAUUCAUGCCCCUAAAUUGAAAAUUUAUUUCCAAUCUUGUUUGAAUUUGGAUGCAGUUUUUUAUGACUAUUCACCCGGCAAAGAACUGGUGCAGUAUCAACUAGAACUACAAGAAGAACAAAAGUGUACAUGGUUCAAUGUACAUGAUAUGUUAUCAUAACGUUAUUGCAUACGUUUCUAUUUAGCGCCCUAGGAUUCAAUCCUUUGUAUUUCCUUGGAAAUACAAAGGAUGGGUUUUGUCAUGGAAAUCAUUGCCAAAUGCGAUUAGAAAUUCAUAAACAACUCGUUAGCUUUUUUCUAAUUGAAUUCCACCAUCAUAUUUGACUUAGUUCAUAAUAAGUGUUGAGCGUGUGGCGAAAAAGCAGGCACGGUUUCUUCGAAAUUUGCAGCGGCUCGAGGAAGACCUUAAGGCGAAAUUCCGAGGCCUUAGCCUGCGAAAGAAAUUCCGUAGCCUUAAUUGCCCUGAGCUUCGCAAGAAAUCCUUUAAUGUGAGGGAUUUGAAUUUUUAUCGGCAUCUGACAGAAUGAAACAGUUCAGCAAUAUCUUGAGUAUUUAAUUUUUCAUAAGAAGUUCAUGAUUGCAGUCUGCGUGACUUGGACCUGUAGCGUUCUGAACGUCUGAUGUCUGCAAACUAAAUAGAAUUAUUGUUCUGAACUUGUCCUAAUGAAGUGACUGUUUAGAGAGCGAAGUUUGUUAACCUUUAAAAAUUGUACCGGAUUUACCGACUUGAACUCAGUAUGUCUCAAGAGCAGACCCUAAAAUUUGCUAAACUC